GGGCUACUACGCAGUGCGCUACAGUCCAGGCUGCGCUCUGGUAGGCUUCUUCCCCUUUCUCUCAGCCCCAAAAACCUUGCCUUAGCCUGAUGGAGCCUCGGUCGGAGGUUGUUGAGAUAUAGCCAGACCUGACGUAGGGAAGUCGAACGCCGCGGUACCUGGGUGGCUCUGCAAAGUACCUCGCCUUUGCACUCCGCGCACGAGGGGAGCCCACCCAUAUCCACACCGGCGGCCAUCCGCUAAGGUAGGUACGGCGCCCAGUGCAAGGACGCUCCGAGCACUACACAUCUACAGCAGAGUACUGCCAGGUACUAUGCAGGAAGCCAAGGAACAUCUGGGGCGGCGGCCGGUGCUGGUGCUGGUGCUGGUGCUGUUGCUGGCGCGCUCGGAACCAAAGGCAUUGCCCUGCUUGACGCCCCCUGAGCCUGAUACCAUGGACCGAGUAUGUGCGCGUGGGAGUGCGUGCGUGUGUGUCUGUGUCGCCAUGUACUCGGUACAGGUCUGGUCCAGGACCAGGCACAGAGAUCCAGGGCCCCUGGAGAACCCCGGUGGCCGUAUCCGUAGACGCGCUGACGUCGUGUUGGUUGGUGGUGGGCGCAUGGGCCAUCGUCCCCUGGAUCCCCUGUGCGCCUCUUCCGCGCCAGAGGAUUUCCAGCGGGCUGUAGUGGGUUACAGCGGGUUCCAGCGCGUCUCUGCCUCUUCCAGGUUACUGAGGUACGUCGGCUUGGAGCCCCCCGCUACGGCAUCCCAUCACCGCCGCUGCCCAUGCCCCUGGCCGUCGUUCGUGUCCCCAGAAAGGGCCAUGCUCCCCCUCCGGUCUUAG